AACAACAAAACAAUUUUGUUUCGAAGGAAAAUGUUCACCGUUCUCCUAAUUAUCCAGUCGGCCGGAAUUAGUCCCCAAAAAUUGGAGCUCUGCAACUGCAAAUCCUUUUCUUUUCCAGUCACUGAAAGUCCCGCCGCCGUCAGCCAAAUCUUCCGCGCGACUGCCGAUCUACAGCCGUGAAUCUCCUUAUUAUUUCUGCGCAUGGUUUGAACAGCGGCUGAUGGGAAGACCAAGGAGAAUUCUCAACGACUUGGACGGAGAAGACGACAGUUGGGUGAUUGUGAAAAGGCAGCGAGUCACCAUCUUUAUUCCUCCGCCACCGGAUGCUGAGAAACCCCCACCGG